UCAAGCUUUAAUGUUCUCUGUACAACUCGGUUCCUCAAUCAUAUCAACUGUUCAGAAACGCCCUGUCUUUGUACUAAUCACAAAUGUCUCUGGUCAAAACUGUGACUCUUGCUGGUAGACAAGUACCUCCCAUGGCCAUCGGCACAUGGGCCUGGGGAGAUUCUACCUGGCAGUAUACACCCAAAGAUCUAGAGAACAUCAAGGAUGCUUGGCGGGCUUGUUUGAAGGCUGGGUUGGUGUUCUUUGAUACUGCUGAAAUCUAUGGAGCUGGAGAAUCGGAGAGGAUUAUCGGACGUCUGAUUAAGGAAGAGACUUCGGAAGAAGACAAGUCGAAGAUCUUUAUUGCCACGAAAUUCCUCCCGGUACCCCAUCCCAAGACCGGCCUAUUCUUCUUCAGUCCUCCUAUUGUGGAACGCUUGAAGGCAUCCCUCCAACGUCUGGGGCUCGAUUCAGUCCCUCUUUACCAGCUCCAUUCCUCCAUCUCGUUACACUCCCACGAGACUCUGGCGGCCGGGCUUGCAGAAUGCGUCAAGCUCGGUCUAGCAAAGGCGGUCGGAGUGUCAAACUUCAGUAAAGAUGAGCUAAUCAAAAUGGACGAGCUCCUCAAGAAGCAUGGAGUGACGUUGGCUUCCAACCAGAUCGAGUUCAACCUUCUCCGUCAGCUUCCGGACCAGAAUGGACUUCUGGAAGAGAUGAAGAAGAGGGACAUUGCUUGUCUUGCUUACUCUCCUUUGGCCAUGGGGAGGCUCACCGGAAAGUACAAUGCUUCUAACCCUGUCCCAAGCGGACGAAAGUUUAGCGCCCAGUACUCCUGGGAGCAGCUCGAGCCCCUCAUCACCGAACUUGGCCGUAUCGCCGACAAGUAUGGCGUCAAGCACUCGGCGAUCGCUCUGAACUGGGUCAUGGCUAAAGGUGCUAUCCCUCUUGGAGGAGCCAGGAAUGGGUCGCAGGCGGAGCAGAACGCCCAAGCGACUACCUUUGAGCUUACGCCAGAAGAAGUCGACAGUCUUUCAAAACUCGGCUUUUCCGGAAAGAACUCUUGGGUCUGGCAGCGGGGAUAGAAUACACGAGGAAAUAGCCAUAUGUUAUCAGCUGUUGUUGUUUUGCUUGCUGCUAGUGUAUGCACUCUUUAGAUGUCGUUUUGAAUUCCCGUUUGGCCUUCUGGCAUCGCCUCAAUCAGUAUAUGUCGUUGUAACCCGCUUAUAGACCCCAUGUACUGUAUACUCA